CUUUCAACAUUGAUGAUCAUGGAUUUGGAUCUGAACAUAAAGAUGCACGCCUGUGUCCGCGAGGAUGACCAGGAUGGGUUUGCAGCGGACUCCUCUGCUUGUCCAGAAGUAGCUGGCCAUCAAGAAGACAGCAUCAAAAAUGAACAGGCCAUGCUGGUGGAUACAGCAAAGGAGCAAGAAAACGAUGUUGGUGAAGAAAAUUGUGCCGCCAGCAAAGGCAAACAACAGCACGAAAAAGACGACAAAUCCUUUGCGACGUACUUAUUUGCCACCAAAGUCGGCGCAGGGCAGCACUAUGGGUCAGCCUAUCACUCUGAAGCGGCAAAACGCUACUUCGACGAAAAUCAGGUACAACUGGCCGCAACGGCGCCCAUCCUGCUCAACAGCGAUCCGAGUCGGCUAGAGCGGCAGAACGCUGAAUUACGGGCUUUCGCAGACCAAAUGCAGAAAGAGCGAGACGAGGCGCUCAGAAAACACGCCAGCUAUGAGAAGGAGCGCAUAGACCUGCUCAACGAAGUGGGAAAAGUGCGAGCAAACAUACUUGAUAAGUACUCCACCUCUCCUGGUCAACAUAAGUAACUGCAACAUAGAUACAUGUUUAUCGAUAUCCAUGACUACCACCAAUUCAUCAUGUGUCAUCAUCUUAUUUGCUAGCGCCAAUACUGUAGCUACCUAGCUACAUCGGACAACAACUACAACUUCUGUAGGUCGUGAUGCCUACUUUAUUUGAUUCUGAAACCUGGUGGUGUUGUCUGUAACUUCUUGAGAGCAUCAAUUGGUAGCUCAAUAGACGAUGACUCGAUAGAAGACUCGUUCCAGGUACGAGCCCAUGUGUCGGCAGCUUCAGGAGCAACUUCGGGCAACGCGACGCGUGUCCUUCGAUACAAGUAGCGUGGAUCAUGAGUCACCUUUUUUAUUUUCAGACGCGGGGGAGCUCUUGGAUCGUCCACCCUAUCAUAGCGAGAUCUAUCUCAACAAAGAGGACAACAUCGCACACGCAGAACAAGCGGGACUAACGACGACAUGCGAAAAGAAGAUUGAGGGCGUUAAAGAUAACUACCUGGUCGAUCGUCCGGUAGAUGCUGAGCAAAGAGGUGGUCCAUCGCUGUCAGCUGGUUGCUUAGAGCAACAGAGUAUUCUCAUCUCUGCGGAAAACGUCAAGAAAAUGAAUGGACAUGAAGUUUAUGGAGCAGAUGCUGCAUUGCAUGAUGCUGAAGAUCGUAGGAGAGUUCACCAUCAACACCGCGAGGAUCUCUCCGAAGUAGACGCUAUUCUCGAAAGAGCGAAGAGAUCUUUGGCUGCACGCUGGGAUAUGGAAUCUCGUCCCUCGAAACCUGGAACAGAUAAGCCUCAAGAUUGUAUUGAGAAAGUAGAACCAGCACUAGCAUCGAAUGACCCGAGUGGAAAAGCUGGAUCAAAUUCAAAUCUGACCAUUGGAGCUCCUGAAGAGAGUCGUGAGCAAAGACAAAAAAGCCACCGAACGAGUCACUCCACGACCUCAAAGAGCCGUGGUAAUAUGGAAAAGAGCCAGAGCGGAGUAUCUUCCUCAAACCGGAGUAAGGGGGCGCAGCAAGCCCACGACGGCCAUGAUGGAGGAACCCCACAAGCAGGUGGAAGUCGUCUUCGGGUAGUGCAAGAUGCAGAUGGCAAGCGGCAAGAGGAGGAGCUGGACUGCAUUGCAGUUCCAGCAAAGUUUCGAAAUGGCAUCACCUUCAGGGCACCAGGCGCAGCAACCCUGCAAAGGCAACAUCAAACGAACGGCAGUGCAUCAUCGAAGCAAGCUCCUCUUUUUUCCAGGUCACACCAUCAAUACCAAGACGGUUUUAGUGAAACACCAGUGAGGACCUCUUCGAGCAACAGCCCGAUCAGAAGGAGGCUGGAGCAGGAGGUCAGCGGCGGAAGCGCGGGCGUUAGCGGUGCGGCUGUCUCGAAACCCGAGAGGCGUUACGGACCUCGCUUUGUCAGAGAGAGAUCCGUGGACCGGCAAGCACAAGCAGAAACAGAGAGGGCUGAGCGGGAAUGGCUGCGACGGGAUCGACGCUACAUUCUCGAUCAGAUGGGUCCACGGUUUCAGUAUGUGAUAGAGUCGUCACCCUCCAAAGAUCGUGGCCCAGAGGCGGGAGCAGUCGAGCAUCCUGUAGGGCCAUUGUCCGCGACGAGUAGUAAGGAAUCUACCACACCAACCACAGCAUCGGUAAUCGCAAGAACAGCGGCUGAGCUUAAUGUGUUAUGCCCGUGGCCUCUACGAGAACAUGCAGAACUUUUCUCGUUCGAUAAUCACAGGAUAGUCAUGGGAAAUGCGAGCCUUCCGAAGUGGCCUAUUUCGGUACUUGCUUAUAUCCUCUUAUUCCCUUACGUAAAAAUCACCCUUAUUGAUAUCAUUAUUGAUUCUAUCAAAAACCAAAAAGAGAUCUCGGAAUCAGAUUGGUGAUUUUCAUCCCCAGACGUCGCACUUCCUACUCACUACUGACAAAUACCUGUGUCAGGGUCCCGGCACCUCUAGCGUUGUACACGAUGCGCUGAUAUCCCGUUGUCGCGAGCAUCCGAAGCUGCCACUCAUAGGUACCACUAGCGAUGAUGGAACGUGGCGCUUGAGCUCAUUGGAGACGGGAGAGAACGUAUUAACCGGAGAAGGACAUCGUAGCUGGGUCACGGACGUGGCGUUUCACACCCAGGGCGACAUUGUCAUCACCACGGCGAUCGACCGAACAGUAAAGUUGUGGAGCCUUCAGGAAGGUAGUGUUGAAGUCCCUCCACCUAAAGCAAAUAAGAAAUGGUUUUUUUUUCGAGUUGUCAAUCCAUCGCGAUGAUGUGUGCCUGGUGUAUGACUCAGAAGUGGCACUUCGACCUAUUUAUUACGAUCUAAUUGUACGUUUGUUGUUGUUCCAAGUACGUAGAGAAGCCACUCAACAGGUAAGUGCCUGCAAACGUUAGUGCCUCAGGGGCAUCGGAAAGCAUGGUCAUGUGAUUCACAUGAUUUUUCGGACUUUUUCGCAGUUGGCUGCGACGAUGGCGUUCUGUGCAUAUACGACGUCUCCACCGGGAAGCAGCGGCAAACGAUGCGAGGCCAUGCAGCUGCGAUCACGAGCGUAGUGUUUCAGAAUUUCAACAACGUGGUAGCAACAGGUUCGAACGAUAAGUCCCUCUCAAUGUGGGACAUGCGAAGCGGAAUCUGCGUGCGAACAUUCGCAGGUACUUUAGUAAACACGAAAACUUGCGAAUGAAGCAGAAGAGUUUUCGAUGUAUAGAGUACUAUAAUUAUCUACGUAUAUAUAUAAAUGAAAACUAAACUUGAGACCUAGAAAGGAGUAGUUUUGCGGUUUUGAUGUACGCAAAUCAUGGCAAAGAUGUACGGGCUAGAUGUAUUGCCUCGCCUGCGAUAUAUAUCUCGCGACGUCUAUCUUGUACGUAAAUCAUGGGAAAGAAGUGCUGGCACUCUCGGGAUGUACUUACGCCGGGGCGAUUCGUGAGGGGUUUGGGGAGUUUUAUAUCUUUGAGAUGUACGGAAAUCAUGGGAAAGAUGUACGGACCUCACGCCGUAAAAGUGCCGCGAUUUUGCGCCCGCCUUUUCCAUGGUCCUGCUCCUGAUAAAUAUUUCGGCAGUACCUCAAAACCUUGGACGAUUUACGUGCUUCAUCAGUUUCGUUACCAGUGCACCGCUGGGCUGUAGCUGGCUCGCUAGGCAUAGCCUGCCCGCUGGGCGUAGCUUGCUGGCCAAGUAUGGCUUAAGGUAGGCGCAGCUUGCUUUCUGAGCGUAGCUGGCUUGCUGCGCGUAGCUGGCUUGAUGAGCGUAGCUGGCUUGCUGAGCGUAGUCGGCUUGCUGAGCGUAGUCGGCUUGCUGAGCGUGUCUGGCUUGCUGGGCGUAGCUGGCUUGCUGGGUGUAGCUGGCUUGCUGGGCGUAGCUGGCCUGCUGGGCUGCGCAUAGCGUGCCUGCUAAGCGUAGCUGGCCCGCUGAGCAUAGCUCGCCUGCUGAGCGUCACCUUCUUGCUUUGCUUAGCUUUAGCUUGCAUGCUCAGAGUCGCUUGCUUGCUCGCCAUAGUUAGCUUGCUUUCUGCGCGUAGCUUGCUUGCAUGCUAAGCAUGGCGAGCUUGCUCGCUAAGCAUGACCUGGCAGCUAAGCAUGGCUUGCUUGCUUGCUUGCUUGCUUGCUUGCUUGCUUGCUUGCUUGCUUGCUAGGCAUAGCUCGCGCGCUAAGCAUGUGCAAGGCAUAGACUGCUUUCUAAGCGUGGCCUGCUUGCUAGACGUCGCCUGCUUUCUGGGCGGAGCUUGCUGUCUGGGAGUACCUUGCUCGCUACGCGUAGCCUCUUAAGGUGCUGCCAGUGUAUAUGUAGCACGUCAAUUAUGCGUGUAGCACGUAAAUGUUUCACUUACGUCGUGUCUUGUUUAUCUUCGCGUCCUUCGUAUUACGCCGGUAGGCCGUAAGCCUCUAAUGUAGCUUGUAGGAUUUGCACGACCCUUCUGCCUUGCUCCGGCGUGUGUACACGCCGGGGGCACGUGAGCGGUACUAACAUGAAAAACGUUUCGCUCCUCAGCCUCGUGCUUCCGCCAGCACCAUCAUGAGGCACGGGCACCCUCAACGACCCCCGUGUCCACCCUUCUCUUGAGGUCAUACGGCGUUGUUGAAUAGCGUUGCAUUUUCCCCGGAGAAUAAGUACGUGAUAUCUGCGGAAGAGAGUGGUCUGUGCCGUCUGUGGGACGUGCGGUAUUCCGGCGAAGUCUUGCGGAUAGAAUGCGGCGCGACACCGGCUCAUAGCGCUACAUACGACUGCUCUGGGAAGCGGGUGGCCAUAGCUUCACAAGACGGCAGUGUUUUGCUCUUCGAUAUCCACCAGAAGCAUUUCGUUCAAGCGAUUCAUCCCAACAGCUGCGAAGACCAUGCAGGUGCAGCUGGUCAUGAUACAGCAGGAGCCCCACUAACGAAAGCGGGGCAAAAAAUGAAGCAAGUGGUACCUCCUCCACUAAGAAAGCAAGUAGGACUUUCAAAGCAAAACAUCUCUACAAGCACGUCAUCAAGUCCUGCCAAUGAUGUCCUGUGGAGUCGCGAAAAUCGUUCUUUGGUCGCAGUGUUUGCUGACGGUACGAUGACGCGAUGGGAAGUCGCCGCUUGA